UUUAUUGACGUCAGGAGGAGGCAAUGGCUGAGCCCGCGGCUGCCGCGCUUGGUGCUGCAGUCCCCUCCAGCAGUAGCAGAUGAUCCGGGAGCAGGGGCUCGCGCUGCUGCUGUCGCUGUCACGUGCGGUUACACACACUGACUUGCAGGGGCCGGAGCACUGAAGGCCCCCGGGAGGCACUGCACCCCGCGGCACGACUGCUUGAGGUGACAUCCGUGAAGCUGCCUGUGGAAAUGGAGGAAUAAAAAGCCAGAGGAGUUGGGGCUCUAUGAUGCCGGCAGGACUCUUUCCCCCCUUCCUCUCCUCUUGCUCUCGGAUUUGACAUCAUGUCCGUUCACAUUGUAGCCUUUGGCAAUGAAAGGGAGGCCUUUUCAGAGGAAAAUCAGCAGCCCAGUCUGAUUUGGACCUAUCUGGGGAGAAGCGCUCUCAUUUCAGAGACUGAAAGCAGUUUGUUGCUGAACUCUGCCAGUCACGUUGGAAAUCCUGUUUUCACUGAGUAUCAAGCCCGCGUGUUUGGAAAUGUCAGGCUGGUGGUACAUGACUGUCCCCUUUGGGAUAUAUUUGACAGUGAUUGGUACACAUCUCGGAAUCUUAUCAGUGGAGCUGAUAUCAUUGUGAUUAAAUACUCUGUGAAUGACAAGUCUUCAUUUCAAGGAAUAAAGGACAUUUAUGUCCCAAUGAUAAAGAAAGCAUUAAACCACUGUUCAAUUCCAGUCGUAAUUUCUGCUGUUGGUGCAAGAAAAAAUGAAGUGCCUUGCACUUGCCCACUGUGCACUUCAGACAGGCGGAGUUGUGUUACUACUUCUGAAGGGAUUCAACUUGCUAAAGAUCUAGGAGCUACUUACCUUGAACUGCACACUCUCAAUGACUUCUAUAUAGGAAAAUAUUUUGGAGGAGUGUUGGAGUAUUUUAUGAUCCAGUGCUUGAAUCAGAAGACAUCUGAAAAAAUGAAGAGAAGAAAAAAACCCCACAAGUGCCAUGGAGUUAAACCACCUCAUCUUGAACAGCCAGAAAAAAUGCCAAUCUUGAAAGGUGAAGCCUCGCAUUAUGACUCUGACUUGCAUAACCUGCUGUUCUGCUGCCAGUGUGUGGAUGUAAUAUUUUGCUCAGAAGAUUUAAGGAAUGUAGGAGAAGCGCACAAGAUUAUUUUAUGCUCUGUAAGCCAUGUCUUCAUGUUGCUUUUCAAUGUGAAGAGUCCGGCUGAUAUUCAGGAUUCCUCUGUCAUAAGGACUGCGCAGACUCUCUUUGCAGUAAACAAUGAAGCUGUUUUUCCAGUUUCUAGCAGAGGCUCACCAUGCAACCCACCAGUAAGAGUCAUUGUUAAAGACUCCUUCUUCUGUUCUUGUUUGUCAGACAUUCUGCACUUCAUUUAUUCAGGUGCUUUCCAAUGGGAACUGUUAGAAGAAGAGAUAAAAAAGAAAUUAAAGGACUCUGGAGAAGUUGAGCAGGUUCUUGAGAAAGUUAAAUGUAUUCUGAAAACUCCAGGACGGGUAAAUAAUUCAAAAGAUUGUAGAAUUUAUCAGACAAAAAGACCAUUGCAGAUAUGUAACACUUCUCUCAGGCUUUUCUUUAAUACACCUGUUUUAGCGGAUGUCCUCUUCAAAAUACAAGGUGCUACUGUUCCAGCUCACAGAGCAGUCCUAGUGGCUCGCUGUGAGGUGAUGGCAGCUAUGUUUAAUGGUAAUUAUAUAGAAGCAAAUAGUGUUCUGGUUCCAGUUUAUGGGGUUUCCAAAGAUACUUUCCUCUCCUUUCUGGAGUAUCUGUAUACCGACUCCUGUUGUCCAGCCAGCAUUUUGCAAGCCAUGUCUCUCUUGAUUUGUGCUGAGAUGUACCAGGUAUCACGACUCCAGCAUAUUUGUGAGCUGUAUAUCAUCACGCAACUGCAGAGUAUGCCUACUAGGGAAUUGGCAUCUACAAGUCUGAGUGUUGUUGGCUUGCUCAGAAAAGCCAAGUUUCACAACUCUGACUGCCUUUCAACUUGGCUGCUUCAUUUCAUUGCCACUAACUACCUCAUCUUCAGUCAAAAGCCUGAAUUCCAAGAUCUUUCAGUGGAAGAGCGCAAUUUUAUUGAGAUGCACAGAUGGCCUUCCAAUAUGUACCUGAAACAACUUGCAGAUUACAGGAAUUACAUCCACUCCCAGAAAUGUCACUGCACAGUUAUGUAAUCAAAAGAUUGAGUAUUCAGUAAGGAUUGAUGGACUGAAAAAUCUCAGAUUAGAAAUAAUUUGGAAAGUAUUAAGACUCUAAUAAGAAAGGAAAAAUGCUCAAGGGCCAGAAAGCACUGUACGGUACACUAGUGCAUUUGCUAGUACUCUUUGCAAUUAAAUGCUGUAACAUUUUAAAGGGAUGAAAUAUACAUUGGAGGACAGCAAAAGGAUUUAACCCAGUAUGGGACUGUUGUACAGCUCUAACUUGUUUCUCCUUUCAAGGGAUUUUUUUGCUGUAGUGGUGGUGUUUUCUGCUUCUAGGUUGUUUAUCUUGUGUUCAACCCCUGGUUGGGAUUUCAAAGGAAUGUUAGGGAGUUGUGUAUUGACCUCCUUAGGCUUUUUGAUAUUCCACCUCAGAAAGCAUAGGAUUACCAGUUUUUGUAGCAUAUACUAUAUAUAUUUGCUAGAUUAAACGUAUUCUUAAAAGCAUUGGACUACACCAUGAUUUACACAUUUCAUCCCUUUAAUUUUUUUUUGUUUUUACCUCUAUACAUAGCCAUCUAUACAUGGUUUGGAAUCUGAAAUGCUUUUCUUUUUCUCUGUAUUUCAGCAAAAUCUUGCAGGCAAAUGCCAUUUUGGGAGGGGAAUUUCACACUAGAAUUGUAGGAGAUUUUGUAUGGGUAAUUUCCAGAGUUAAAAAUGGGAGUUCCCUUACUAUUUUGGGACAGAAUUCACAAUGGGACUUCACUGCUUGAUGCAGCUAGCACACAGUUCUUAUGUUUAGUUCUGUAUUAGAAUAACAAUGAUUCAAAAGUGCUGUAAAAGAUGAGCAAGAGCAACUUUGUUAUAACUCUUUCACGCGUGGGAAAGUAGAAGCAGAGAAAGAUGACAUGAUUUGUUUGAGAUCACAUGGCAAGUCAAUGCAGAGCUGUGAAUAGAACAGUGCCUCCUGCUGAGAAUAUAGAACAUGGCAGUCUGCCUCCACUUCAGAAAAAGAAAGAUGGAGCAAAAAUGGUGACACAUGAAAAUAGAAAUAUAAUAUGCAUAUCAAUUCAUAUCAAUGCAUAUCAGAAAUAUAAAAAGGAUUUAACUUCUUAUUUGUUUCCUAAAUUUGUAAUAUUUGUUUAUAAUAGAAGUUAAAAAUUCUAGGCAUUUAGGUUAUUAAUUGGAUGGACAAAACAGGAAGUUUCAGGCCAUGGUCAAAAUGAGCACAUGAUUACAAGUCUAAUUUGCAUGCACAUAUACCUAUUAGCAUGAUCAGUCAGUAUCUACACCUGCAAGUUGGCAGUCAUUUAAAUGACAGUUUGUAUGUGCAGAUACCAACUUUCUUGAUGUGUUCAGUCUUGAUAAUUACACAUACAAUGUAGAUGCAUAAAUGUUUGCCUAUUGUUGCACGUGGUCCUGUAUUUUAGUAUUUUGCAAAUCUGACCCAAUUUGUUAGAAUUUAUCGCCAGAAAUUAAUCCUUUGCCAAUAACUAAGUAUAGUGGGAUAUUUUUUUAUUUUCCUGGAGAAGUUUUUAUACACAUUUCCCUAUUAAAAGCUUUUUAAAAAAGCAGUUAGGCCUAUUGCAAAUAUGGACCAUUUCUGUCUGACAAGCAGAAAUAUUUUGAUAUUCUAUAUUUUAUCUGUUUGGUUUAACCACAAGUUUUAUAUAGUAAAGCCAAGCAAUGUGAGAACAUGUAUUAUUUAUUCACAGAUUUAUUAUAAAUUGCAAAUUGCUCAAACACAAAAAAAUUGUGUUUUGUUCUUAGUUUUCUGUUUUACAACUCAUGAUGGGUAUAGAUAUUACACCAGUUCAAACACAAAAUGCAACUCAUAAUUUAAGAAUAUUAGUGAUUUCUCCAGUCUUUAUUCCAUUUGGAUAAAUGCCUUUCUUUAGAAAUGGAAGUGUUGAUCUUAAUUCUAUUUUCAAAUUGAUAUUUUAGCAUUUAAAACUCCCCGAAAGUGGGUUGUGGUAUUUGUUUUGUUACUGUAGAUACCAUUUUGCUAUCCAUAUAUCUUAUUAGGUAUCAUUUAUAAAUCCGCAGAUGAUAGAUACCGAGGAGGUAAUCAAAACACUACUGAGUUUGAUAUAGAAGACAGUCUUUACAUGUCAUUUUAAACAUUUUAAAAUGUUUGCAUUAGUUUAAAAAUUAAGAAGCUCUUGAAAAUAUACAUGAUUUGGACAAAGUAAAACCUAAGAUCAAAACCUGUAAAUUAGUUUUGGAAAGUUGUUAUUUUCAGGCUUCUAAUUUGACAAAGCUGUUCUGCUAAUAGUGUUUGCACUUCUCUGGAUAUAGGAUUGUCUCAUAUCUUUAAAAAGCAGCUUAACAUAUAGCACAGUAGUAUCCAGGGGUUGUAUUCUUAUAAUUACAUUGGGUGCAUGUUCAAGGGGUAAUAAGAUUAGAUUCAAUAAAGAAUUUAGGUGCCUACAGAUAUAGGAAAUGUAAAACCCAGCUUUCAGUUGCCUGGCCCCAGAGCAAAAUUCAAGUCCCCUACGCUCCAUAUAGAGCAUGGGCAAGUGAAGAGCUUUGGAAUCAUAAUCCAAAAAAAAUCCCCACAUCAUGUGAGGCCCUGCUAAGAGCUAGCUAAUAGAACCCAAUCAUCCUGUCCUGCUCUGGUGCUUGAUGAGCCUCUUGUCCCCUGGGAAUUGGAGUCUGGAAGCCUCUCUUGCUGGUAGGCACUUACUGCCAUUCUUUCAAAGGAUUGGAAAGGGUUCAAAUCAUAAUGAGUCUGGUUGAAAAGGAUAGUAAUAUUAGUGGCACCUACCUUUUGAUAUAAUAGCUGAGUAGUUACAACACUUGUCCAGGAAGUGGGAGACCCAGGUUCAGUGCCCUCCUUAGUCUGAGAACGAUGGUAAUCAUUUGAUUGUAGGCUAGGCUGAUGGGAGCAUCCUCCCCCUCUGCUGUGGAAGCUGUGCUGCUGCAUGGCAAAGCAUGCAGGAGUCAUGGAGAGAGAUUGGUAUGCAGCAUGAGAGCAAACAGGCAUUCAGGAAGGAGGAUGUUUUUAGUCUGAUGGGAGAAGUCUUACGUUUCCAUCUCUGCUCUUUGCACAGCUUAUACAGUUUUUUUGGUGUUCCUUGAAUGUAAAACACAGAAACAGUCCUGUAAGAAGGGACGAUGCAGGACUUGCCUCUCCAGGACUUGCCUCUCCUAGGAAGUGCCCUCGUUGCUCUGCAGCAGGGUCAAGCUCCAUCUGUCUCUCUCUGACACCAUAAACUUUGCCUUUUUGUUUUGCGCUGGGGCACAGCCUCAGCUGGAGAGUAGGAUGGUAUCCCCACACAGCCUAUCCCAGAGUCUGGUGAGUAGACAUUAUCCAAAGGAGUGGGAAUAAAAUUUUAACUGGCUCAGGCUGAGGAGGGCAUUGAACUGGUACCUCUUGGUUUCUGAGUGAGCAAUAUAGCCACAAAGCUAUUAUAUGUAAGAGACAUUUCUUUAUCCUGAUUUUUUUUUUAAAAAGUAGGCACAAGUGCAUUUUGUGAGGGGCCUAAUCCUACCAGAUCAUGACUUUUAGAUCAGGCCUCUCAGAGGCUUAGGCAGAGGAAACCCAACUUCUGGAUCCUGACUGGGUUUAGGAUGAAGCUAAGCACCUAGGUGUUUGGACUGGGGUCGUUCUGUGCAUGGCCCGAUACCGAACUCUGGGCACUUAGGGAAUUUUCAAGUCAUACCUUAGAGCUGGAUGAGCAGGUUUAGGCAUCUCCAGGUCUAGGCAACCACGAUCUAAAAAACCCCUGGCCAGCCACCCCUGGCAUGUUGUUUCCAACUAAGUCCUGCUGUAGGCACAUAAGUGUUUUAAUACAUUGAUCCUUAGCUUAUUAGAUAGUGUUGAAUACAAUUUUUUUCCAGUUUAUUUAUUGUCUGUAUAUAUAUAUGCACACAUGCCAAGCCAGCACUGAGGCUUUGUAUAGAGAGGCUGCUGUAGAAAGUCUUCUGCACUGAGUAAUACUAGAUUCCACAAGCCAAACAAUCCCCAAUUAUAGUCUUUAGGUCUUGAUGCAUUAUACCUGAAAAAGAAAAAUAUUAGGGAAAGGAAAAAUUAUAUUACUAGGGUUAUAGGUACACAAACAAGCUACCAUGACAGCUAGGGAUGUCAGAUUGAUAGCAUGUCAGCUAUUCAACAGUAGCUGCUUGAUUGCUCUCUGUGAUAAAUGUGAGAUAAGUUAAUCCCACUUCCAUUAAGAGGUAAGAGUAGGCAUAUGGGUUCUCCCCAUGGGAUAUAUGAUGUCCCAUAACUGCUGUCAGAGUAAUUUGUUUGUACGCUCACAAUCUAUGGUAUAUUUUGAAUAUUCACAGGUUUCAAAGGUUUGAUAAUUUUACAGUUUUUAGAAUGGUAUAUCUGUGUUUUAAUAUAGCCUGAUUAAUAUUUACAUGUUUUUAGAUUAGUAUUUACUCUUUGUAACAAAAUAAACAUUUAUACCAAUUCUA